AUGUCCAGUUCCACCCAUGAGAAAAGGCGUGCGAGCAGCGGGGAAAGAGAUCUCAGGAACGUCAGAAAGAAGUCUGCGCUGGGUGACAAUGAAGAGAACGAACGUGAGGAGGAGGGGAGGGAGGAGGAUCAAGUUUCGGUCAAGGAUGAGGCUGAUCUGAGCAAGAACCAUGUAGCUGAGGACGAGAUCGUGGGUUACAGCGAGGACGAGAAUGGUCUGAGAGUAGAGCACAUUUCAGAGGAGGAGUGUACCUUCCUCUACGACGAGAUCUUCUUGCGGAGAUCUUAUCUGCAGGAGGGAAUUACCCUCUCUCGCGGAGCAGGUGACGUGUUGGAUGUGGGGGCGAACAUCGGGCUCUUCUCGAUCUUUUGCCACGAGCUACUAAAACCCCCAUCCUCCUCGCCUUCACCGCACUACGACAGGAUCUUCGCUUUCGAGCCUGUACCGAGGAUCUUCAAGGUACUGCAGAGGAACGUCAGCGGCAGGGGGGGAGUGCUUCCGCGGUGUUUUGGUCUAGCCUCCUCUACCAAGUCCGAGAAGUUCGUCUAUUAUCCCGACGCUCCGGGAGAAUCCAGCAGGCACCUGGAUGAAUCCCGAGAGCAACGGAUGCUGAUGGGCAUGACGGCGGAGGGAGAGCAUGCGACGUGUGAGGUGCGGACUCUCGCCGAGGUCAUCCGGCAGGAGGAGAUCCAGACGAUACAGCUGCUCAAGGUGGACGUUGAGGGAGACGAACUUGAGGUCCUGAUGGGCCUGCAAGCCGACGACUGGAAGAAGAUCAGACAGAUCGUCCUGGAAGUUUGCGAUCGUCAGUUCAGACUCUCUCGCAUCCAAGGUUCCUCACUUUCAAAGUCCUUCGCCAUUCACAAGCUUCCAGCUUUGUUGGAGAGGAACGGGUUCAGGACAAGCUUCGUGCAGCAGAAGUCUGAGGUGACAGACUGA